UAAUCACACCCUUCAUUCCCAACCCCACGCGCCUCAGCUCCCCUCUCUUUUCCCUCUCUUAACUCACGAAAGGCCCCAGAUGCGUCCCUUUCUCAACUCUCUCUUCUUCCUCGUAAACUCCACCAACAGGAACAGAAUCCAUUUCAAACGACGACGCUCAGCCCGUCUUCCCCCUCAUUCGUUCAGUUCACCAGCCAUAUACCUGUAGCCGUUCCAGAACCUUCGAGAAUCAAGCCACGGCCUGCAAUUUCCCGAAUCCCUUUCAAAAAUCCGUUUGAUCUUGGUACUAUUUCGUAUGAAAAAUCUGACAAAUCCCACAUUGAUUUGUUUGUAUUUUCUCAAAAAUUUCGAACCCUAUAAAUAGCCCUCUCAUUCGCCUGUUUUCAUUGCGAAUCGAAGUUGAGAGGACACUGUUCUCGUAAAGCAAAUCUGUUUAGACCUGAAAUUUCAUUCUUUCAGAAUAAGAUUACUUUUCUUGUGGCUUGCUUUUUGGGAGUAUUUGUCUAUGGCGAUUGCAGCUGCAGCUGUUAUCGUUCCGUUGGGCGUCCUCUUCUUCAUUUCGGGUCUUGUUAUCAAUCUUAUUCAGGCUACUUACUUUGUCCUUGUACGACCAAUUUCGAAGAGCACAUACAGGAGGAUUAAUAGGAUCGUUGCAGAGCUCUUAUGGCUGGAACUUGUGUGGAUAGUUGAUUGGUGGGCAGGUGUAAAGAUUAAAGUGUACGCCGACCCAGAAACAUUUAAUCUUAUGGGUAAAGAACAUGCUCUUGUCAUCGCCAAUCAUAGAAGUGACAUAGAUUGGCUUGUUGGUUGGAUCUUGGCUCAGAGAUCUGGUUGCCUUGGUAGCUCAUUAGCUGUAAUGAAGAAGUCAUCAAAACUCCUUCCAGUAAUUGGUUGGUCCAUGUGGUUCUCUGAGUAUCUUUUCCUUGAAAGAAGCUGGGCCAAGGAUGAAAGAACGUUGAAGUCAGGUCUUCAACGGCUAAGCGAUUACCCUUUGCCAUUCUGGUUGGCACUUUUUGUUGAAGGCACACGAUUUACACAAGCAAAGCUUUUGGCUGCUCAAGAAUAUGCUGCUUCAGCUGAGUUACCUGUUCCAAGGAAUGUAUUGAUUCCUCGCACUAAGGGUUUUGUUACUGCAGUAAGUCAUAUGCGCUCAUUUGUUCCAGCUAUUUAUGAUGCAACAAUAUGCAUCCCCAAAAGUUCACCUGCACCUACAAUGCUGAGACUCUUCAAGGGGCAACCUUCUGUGGUGCAUGUGCACCUCAAGCGGCAUGAGAUGAAGGAUCUGCCUGAAAAUGAUGAUGCCAUUGCCCAAUGGUGUAGAGAUAUCUUUGUGGCCAAGGAUAAGUUAUUGGACAAACAUAUUGCUGAAGACACUUUUGGAGAAGAAAAGCUGCAAGACAUUGGCCGCCCAAUCAAAUCCCUUGUGGUAGUCGCAUCUUGGUCAUGCAUUCUUAUCUUAGGAACCAUAAAAUUUUUACAAGCAACUGCCUUGUUGUCGUCAUGGAAGGGUGUGGCAAUAUCAGCUGCUCUCAUGGCUAUUAUUACAGUGCUCAUGCAAAUUUUGAUUAAUUUCUCAAAGUCAGAACGCUCUACAGCUGCCAAGGUUGCACCAGCAAAGGAAAAGACUGUGAAUCAGGCUAGAGGAAAUGGGCAGGAGGACAAAACACUCUAAUUAUGUUUUUCAUCUGAUAUGGUUAAUGAACCUCAGUUGUAGCCUUGAUCACCACAAUAACGAAGAUGAUGUUUGUAUUAUAUAGCAACUUGCUUGUCUAUUUUAGACCUGUAAUUUUUGGCCAAAGAGAACCAACUUGUGUUUAUUUUUGUUUCUAAGGAUGUGGAUUCCAUGUUUGGUCAAAUUCAUUAAUUGUUAAUUUGUUACAGUUAUGUCUUGUUGGUAAACUG